AUGACACAUAGUGUUGUGAUGGAGAGGGAGGUGAGAGAGGUUGUGAUGGGAGGGGAGGAGGGGUGCAGCAGCCGUGUGAGGGAGGUGAGAGACAGUGCAGGUGAGGAUGUAAGCAAAACAGCAGAGGUGGCAGCAGCAGAGGAGGAAACAGCAGAGGGGGCAGCAGCAGAGGGGGCAGCAGCAGAGGGGGCAGCAGCAGAGGCGGCAGCAGCACAGGCUGCAGCAGAGGGAGAGUGGUUUGAGUGCUGUAUGAGUAGGCGGCAGCAUCUGCAGUCACUCUUGACUGCUGUUUGCCCGUGGCGUGCUACCAUGUGGAGUGAGCUAUGA